UCCUAAGUGAGUGAGAUAAAACAACAUGGCGGGAGAUAAUAUACCCAAUAAAUGUAACUGUCUUGUUCCGCAGUAAAUACAUUUACAGUGAUCGAGCUUAACCACAUUGCAAACUGUUGGCAUAAUUUCUCUGCAAGCCGGAAAAAGUCUAGCUAACUUUGGUAACUAACGUUAGCCGACCUGUCAGCCGGUCAGUAGCCGCAGCAUGUCGGUAAAUUUCGAAGAGAGGAGCGGUGUCAUCCCUUGUAAGACACCCUGGGGCUCCUGGUACCAGACUAUGGAGGAGGUAUUCGUCGAAGUCAACGUGCCUCACGGGACGUCUGCUAAAGAGGUCAAGUGCCAUUUGGGAUCCAGCGACAUAGAGCUGCACGUCAAGGGGCAGGAAAUAUUCAAGGGAAAGUUGUUUGGCGUAACCAUGUCUGACGAGGCUACAUGGACUCUAGAGGACAAGUGUCUCAUUCGGAUCAUUCUUAUGAAGACCAACAGAGAGGCAGGGAACUGCUGGUCCUCCCUGCUGGAGGGGGAGUACUGUGCCAAUGCCUGGGUCCAGGACCAGAUGCAGAGAAAGCUCACACUGGAGAGGUUCCAGCGGGAGAAUCCUGGAUUUGACUUCAGCGGUGCAGAGAUCUCUGGGAAUUUUGCUGGUGGUGGUCCGGACUUUUCCAGUUUACAGAAGUGACUGAUGCCAUGUCAGAGACCUGUUAUGUGCCCGAAAUGGUACCUCUGUCUAUUAACCACUACUGAGGACAUCUAUGACAUGUGGCGGAACAGUGCUUUCAUCAAUCUUUCUGAUGUGAAGUGAAAGAUUUGCCUUCAGACUAACUCAAAUACAGGGUGACUUUAUUGUUCAGACUUUUCACAGCAGCCCCUUGAUCUGACUUGUCUUGGUUGUGAGGGAUGGAUUUUAUUUAGGCCUGAUUCGGCAAGUUUCAGGGCUGAUUAUAUGGCAGAACAACAGUUGAUGUGAGCGGUUUUAUCUUGUUCACUUUGCUGUUUACACCUCUUCAUGUCAAGCAAGACUUCCUGAAUUUUGUUUUUUGGUCUAUCUGGUUGUAAGAACCCUGUGACAUGAGAUGAUUUUAAUAAUGAGAAGAAGGAGCACAGCAAUAGCUUUUCAAUAAAGUUUUAUUGAAAGGUACAAGUAUCAAGGUUGUCCAGAUGGUGCGUUCAAUUUGCCACUUUCAAUUUGAGAACACAUUUCAUUGUCACUAAAAGAAACUUAAACUAGACAGGGAAACUGGCAAAGAAAAUGCAAUACAAAUUCCAAUCCACAUUUCCACUGCAAUGACCUUUUUUGUGUUCUCUGCAUAAUUGACAACUGAAAUCAAUUAACACAUGUAGUGCUUCACUCUGUGUACACAAAUCAAGAAUUGUGAAAACAACUCAUCUGUAACCACUGACAACAUUUCAGCUCACACAGUAUGGUUAGCCGUACAUGACGGGAUCGUCACUAGCCUCACUUCACUGGAGAAAACUGGAGCUCCCUCACCAUAUCAAAAUAAAAAAACAAAAAAUCAUCACCUUGGGUAGGAGUGUGCAUUCAGGACAGUUUAGCAACCUAGGGUGAGAGUUAAGGAUUUUGGGCCCGAUUUCUUGGUUCCAUUUUUGCUGUUCACAAAAUCCUUCUCCCUCCUCUUCCACAUGGUGGACUGAGGA